AUGGCGCCUUCUUUGUCGCCUAGUUCCAGCGAGGGCGAGCUCCCGGUAGAUGUCGAGAAGCAGGCGAUGCCUAUUCCUGCGGGAAUUGAAGGUCCUAGUCAGAACAACAAGGAUGAAGAAAUAAAUAUUGAUAGUCCUGCCGAGGGGGUGGAGGACUGGCAGAUACAGCCCGAGCCCGAUAUUCUUAACCCGGAUGCCGAUGGCAUGGCCGGAGCCGUAGGUCGAGUUCUUAGUAGGAUGUCGACGAAAUCGAGCUGGAAUCCUGGGCCGCCGCCGGAUGGUGGUAAAGUCGCGUGGCUCGCAUGUCUCUGCGGGCACUUCGCCAUCAUGAACACUUGGGGCUUCAUCAACUCGUUCGGCGUGUUCCAAGCGUACUACGUAGCGCAGCUCGGGCGCCCACCAUCAGAUAUAUCGUGGAUCGGCUCUAUCCAAGUAUUCUUAACCUUCUUCAUCGGUACCUUCACCGGCCGCUUCACCGACGCUGGGUUCUUCCGCCCCGUGUCUAUCUGCGGCAUCGUCUUCAUGACCCUCGGCAUCUUCACCACUUCCGUCGCGACGCAGUACUGGCAGCUCAUCCUUUCGCAAGGCUUAUGCAUGGGUAUCGGCAGCGGGUGCGUAUUUUGUCCGUUCAUUUCCACCGUGUCGACUUACUUUAGCAAGAAGCGCUCCCUUGCUAUCGGUCUCGCGGCCAGCGGCUCUGUGACCGGUGGUUUGGUCUUCCCAGCCAUGGCACGCCAGCUGCUCCCGACCGUCGGCUUCGGAUGGGCCGUCCGCGCCAUCGGGUUCGUACAGCUGACCACGCUGAUCUUCGCCGUGUCUUUCAUGAAGUCACGGCUGCCGCCGCGGCGCACGGGUAGCUUGGUCGAAUGGGCGGCGUUCCGCGAACCCGAGUACACGCUCUACGCCAUCGGCAUGUUCUUCAACUUCUGGGGCGUGUACUUCGGCUUCUACUACCUGGCGGCCUUCAGCCGGUCCGAAAUCACACCUACGCUGGACUACACGGACUCGCUCAACCUGCUGCUCAUCCUGAACGGCGUGGGCAUCCUAGGCCGCCUCCUGCCGAACCAUCUCGCGGACCGCUUCGGGCCGCUCAACCUCAUGGUCCCGGCGUGCGUGGGGUGCGGGAUCACGGUGCUGGGGUGGAUGGCGGUGCGCACGCCGUCGCAGCUGUACGGGUGGGCGGUCGCGUACGGGAUCGUGGCCGGCGCGAUACAGAGCCUGUUCCCCGCGGGCCUGGGCAGCCUGACGACGGACCUGCGCAAGCAGGGCACGCGCAUGGGGAUGGCGUUUACGAUCGUGAGCUUUGCCGUUCUCACGGGGAAUCCGAUCGCGGGGGCGAUCAUCGGGAGCAUGGGUGGGAGGUACGCGGGCGCGCAGGGGUUCACGGGGGCGAGUCUGCUUGUGGGCGCCAUGUUGUUGUCUGGUGCGCGGUUUGCGAGGAUGAGGAGGAUGGGGACGGGGUGGAGGACUAAGAUUUAG